AUGAAGAUACAGAUCGAAUCCGACGACAUUUUUGGGGAGAGGGACGAUUUAACCAUUCUCUCACUCCGUUCUCCCACCGUCCCACCACCGCAGAAUGUGUUCCGAACAACUCUCCCUACUGCACUCAUUGCCAACUUCACGCCGCCGCCGCCGCCGCCGCCGCCGCCGCCGAUGACUGAUUUGUUGGUGGAGUUUCACCAUGAUCAGCGCGCGGCGGCACACCACGCUCUUCCUCCCGCAUCAUCACCCCUCCCAUCUCCAUUACAUAAUGUCCGGCAGUCGAGGGGGCGGCGCAACUUGGCUCUGAGGACGGAGAAGGAGAAGACGGUCCCAAAGCUAUAUCCAUGGUUCACAACGCAGCGUGCCACCGUCCACAGCAUGGAGUACUUGGAAUGGAAUAGAAUAGUUGAGAUAUGGGGAGACGUCCAGUGCAAGAGGUGCGACCGUAAGUUCGAGAUGAGGUUCAACCUGAGAUCGGAGUACGAGAAGCUGGAGUCGUUCAUCGCCGAGAAUAAGAGUGAGUUGAAAGACCGGGCCCCGCGGUGUUGGGUCUCCCCGGUUCUGCCGAGGUGCGGCUUCUGCCGGGAGGAGAAUGCGGUCAGACCUGUCAUCGCGCCCAAGAAGAUAGCGAUCAACUGGCUCUUCUUGCUUCUGGGUCAGCUUCUUGGGUGUUGCACCUUGGACCAGCUCAAGUACUUCUGCAAACAAACCGGAAAUCAUCGCACCGGGGCUAAAGAUCGAGUUCUCUAUCUUACUUAUCUGGGUUUGUGUAACCAACUCGUUCCCAAAAAGCUUUUUGAUCCUCAUUCACGUUAG